UUUUGCAUUGAAUCCUUUGCAGACGCACCUGAAACACACAAGGGGACACAUUUAGUCAAUUUCACUUUGUUUUUUUAAAUUCUAGUAUAUAUAACACAGCUUGCUUACAAAGUUUAUGUAAAACCGUUCCAGUUUUUAACACCCUAACAAGAUCUAUCCUGCUUACUUCACUUUCCACUACCUAGAAACAAAAUUAACUACCGCGUUGUAACCAUCCCGGACGCACGGUCCCUAAACUAUGGCUAUCCCCGAGGAGAUCAGGAGAUUGUUGGAAGACUCUGAAUAUUUUAUAGGUGAAGUUCUACAUGGUGAAAAGCUUAGCAAAAAGGCAAAGGAGAAAAGAGAAGCACUCAUAGAAGGCUUCCAUCUGGUGAAACACAAAUAUCAACAGGAAUUUCAGUUGAAAGGAGAAUCUGCUGACUCCUACUUGGGAUCAAGACAUGAGGACAGUUCUGAUGAUAGCCAGAGUUUGAGCCAUGUUCCAUCAGGGCUCUCGGACAGUAUUUCAGUGGCCUCCGAUAACCAGGAUGAAGUGCAAUGUGGAGAUAUCGCAAACAUCGCAGCUCAGGACCUGCCCAGCAUUAUGAAGCAGGGUUAUUUGGAGAAAAAGCGCAGAGAUCACAGUUUCUUUGGUUCCGAGUGGCAGAGGCGUUUCUGUGUGUUGAACACGAAUAUGUUCUAUUACUAUGGCAACGAGAAAGAUAAGCAGCAGAGAGGCGCCUUUUACCUCUACGACGCUUACCUGGCCCCAACCCUCCGCAAAGAUUCCAAGAAGAAUGCCUGCUUUGAGAUCAUUAGUUCAGAUAAGAAGGUGUAUCAGUUUACUGCAUCAAGCCAUCGGGAAGCCAAGGAGUGGGUGGAUCAUAUCUCCUUUGUGCUCAAAGACAUGAAUUCCAACUUCAUACCAGUGGAGGAAGAGGAGGAGGAGGAAGAAGAGGCGAGGAAUGUGGGAGCACUGUGGGAGGAGACAUACGAUGAUGUAGAUGCAGGACCUGGAGAUCCAAGAAUACCUCAUCCAACAGCCAAUAUUGGCCAGGAGCCAGAUGAUGAGAUUUAUGAAGAGCUACCAGAGGAUGACUUCCCUCCACCGAUGCAGCCUGAGGAAGAUGGUACCUGGUGCCCAGGAAAUACCAGCAUCGAUUAUGCAAGCUUCUAUCUGGGGCUCUGGGAUUGCGCUGGUGAGGAACCUGACGAACUGUCAUUUAGACGAGGAGACCUGAUUCACAUCCUGAGCAAAGACUACAGCCCAUAUGGAUGGUGGGUUGGUGAAACAAAAGGUGUAAUUGGCAUAGUGCCAAAGGAUUACCUGAUGGAAGCCUAUGAAAUUUGACAGUGAGUCGCUCAACACAGGAAUUGUCCAGACCCUACAUUUUAACUUGGAUAGCCGAUUGUUGGUUAACAACCCCAAAGGAAGCUUCUGUGUGCUCCUGCCUCUCUCCAACUGAACUGGGCAUCACAUCUUCAAGCUAAACACACCAAGACAUCAUCACUGAAGAAGAGAAGAGGCUUUAAGCAGCGUCACCCACUAUUCAUCCUCCAUUGCAUGCUAAUUAAAUAAAGACAUUAUUCAACCAA